AUAAAAAAACCCCAACAUUUGCCAUAAUUUAUUUCAGCAAAAAGUCAACAAUCUCUCUCUCUCUCUCUGUGAGGAAUGGGUGGUACUGGUGACAGUUUUGGGGAAUCCAAAGGCCACCUGAUCUUCACAUACGGCACACUGAAGCGAGGUUUUCCGAACCACGGCUUAAUGCAAUCCCUGAUAGACCAGAACGACGCCGUUUUCCUGGGCACCCACGUGACCCUACACUCCUACCCACUCGUCUGCGGACCCAACGGUAUCCCAUACCUGAUCAACCUCCCCGGGUCGGGUCACCGGGUCAAGGGCGAGCUCUACUCCGUGUCUACCCGCGGACUCGGCCGCCUCGACGAGCUGGAGGGCACCGCCCUCGGCCACUACGAGCGGCUCCCCAUUCAGACUCAGGCGGAGGCGGAGGCGUACUACGCGCACCGUAGCUUUGGGGAGGAGCUGUGGGAGAAGAAUGGGAGAGAGGGGUUGAGUGAGUACACAGAGAGAGAGGCGAGUGGGUAUGUGAGAAGAGAGGAUAGGCCUAAGGAUCGGAGUUUUGUUGACGAGGUGCGUUUCUUUUUGUCGUCUUCUUCCUCUGCUCCAAAAUGAUGAUUCUUUUCAAUUUCAUCAGAAGUGAAGAGCAAGUGGGUAUUAAAUAAAAUUUACGAUUAAUUGGUUGUUAGUUUUUUCUUUUCUGUAUUAUCUAUGUGCUUGGAACUGUUUUCGUUGUUAAUGUUGUGAUGGGCGGGUGAGUGUAAAGCACAAAAUGAAUGCUUCGCCUUUGUUUUAAA